AUGGAUUGCCAAGUACAUUUCAUUCAACCUAUGAUAUACCUGCACUUAAGGCUGUUUUCUUUACAGCUCCCAACAUUUCUCACUCAGGAUGCAUGGAUUUUGUUGAUCAGGAUGUGUGGGAGCCUCAUGGAGAUCCCGCUGCACAAAGUGCCACCUGCUGACUUCAAGACUGAGUUCCAUCCCCACAGCAAUACCCCCUCGCUUUUCCAGUCGCAAGAAGAAUUUGGUCAGUGUGCUACUGCUAUGAUGGCCCCCGAUCCACACCCAUGGCACCCAUUUAUCGAGGAGGGCGACUACUUGUUUGCUGAAAUAGCAUUGCAAGCGGGCCUCAACAUGUCACAGAUCAAUGGGCUGCUUUCCCUCAUUUCACACACCAUCCAAGGAAAGGCAAAUAACUUAACAUUCCCAGUUUAUGCGUGUUCGUUAUGGGAGUGGGCUCUUGAUCUCUUAUCAAACCCCCUCCUUGCACCUCACUUCGUCUGGGAUGCCCAAUGGUACGAGAGAUUCUACUCAGAACCAUGGACUGGUGAUUGCUGGUGGGACAUUCAAGUAUGUUGUAAUAACCUGUAUACUUUAACUGUCAAGGGUUAUCCUGUCAUAGCUCAUUGUGGAAAUCUGCCCAUGAACAUCAGGAAUGGAGAGCACUUUGGUGGUGGAUGUGUCAUCAGCUGGUUGCCUAUUGUUCCCGAGUCUGCCAAAGAAGAGGGGAAGACCAGCUACACCAAUUACAAAUGCGUUAUUUGGCAUGAAGCAUUCCUUUGUAUCAUUGAUAGACUUGCUGAACUCUCAAAGCUAGGAUACAAAUAUGAGUGCUAUGAUAAGAUCACUCAGUGGCUCUUUCCCUUGAUUCUCAUCUUAUCUGCUGAUUAUGAAGAACAAUGCAUGAUGAGCCUCAUUCGAGGCACAAAGAGUAAACAUCCAUGCCCAGUUUGUUUGGUUCCCCUUGAGGAUUUAUCCCAGCUUGCCAAAUCAUUUCCAACACAUACCAUAAGACAGGCAAAAGAAGCCCUCACCAUCUAUCAGGAAAAGAAGUCAGCUGGUGAACCGAUCCUCAAAGCCCUCGGGCUUCAGCCAGUUGCAAACGUUUUCUGGAAGGUUGAGAACUCGGAGCCAGAGGAAGCUGUGAGCUUCGACCGCCUCCAUGCUCUGCAUGACGGUCUUUUUGGGCACCACUUACUCAAAGAACUCAAGAUUCUUUUAAGCAAAUUACCACGUAAGCUUGCAGCAUUUCCAAGCUGGCAAGGUUUGGCACACUUCAAUGGCAUCCUACAUCAAACCUUCUAUGCUGCUUUGAAUAUUCUGACAAAUGACAUAAGCUGUGAAGGCUACCAGCUCCUAUGGAUGCUCCACAGCUACUUAGAAUUGGACAGUCUCAUUGGGCUGGACGUGCACACUGACAAGACCCUUGAAUUGAUAGAGAGGGAGCAGUUGGUUUUCAGGAGUGAGCUAAAGGAGUAUGUCUCCCUGUCAGAACACCUCAAAACAGACUGGAAUUUUCCAAAGGUCCAUCUUCGGAAACAUGUCAUGUGGGACAUUUGGAAUGAAGGAGCAGCCCGUAACUACAGCACUCAGCCCAACGAGAAAAUGCAUGGCUCACUUAAAGAUGCAUAUCAGGACUGCUCAAAUGGUAAGGAUGUUGCCAUUCAGGUCCUUCGUGUCGACCACCACUGCUUAGCCAUGAAACUAAUUAGGAACCAGGUGGAUGCUGAAGCCAAUCAUACACAGCAAGAUCAUGAUGAUGAUGAUGAUAUUGAUGGUGGGGGUGAUGAGGAUGUCCUCAUGAGUUUCAGCGAGCACUCACCGAAGAGCAUUCAAUCAAUCAUUCAUGAUCAUGCUUCACAGCAAGAAUUCCAAGGUGUCCAUCAGAAGUUUACUUGGUUCGUCAAUUACAAAUCAAGGAUGGACUGGCGGCAAGCUACUGACUACCUACGGUGCAACCCUUCAUUCCACAGCAAGCCUUGUUAUGACACUGUCCUCUUUCAGCUUUCGCAUAGUGAGAUUGCUUUUGCUCACUUGGUAUUCAUGUUUUCAUGCAAUAUUCCUGACUUUGGCACCUAUCAAUUUGCUCUUGUUCUCCCCUAUAUAGCCAACAUCAAUGUGGCUCGCAGCUCCUUUGACAACGCCUUCAGGCUCGCACACAUUAAAGCACGUCCCCACACAGUGUCAAUAUUCAUCCCCAUCUGGUCCAUUGUUAGGGGAGCAUUGCUGUACCCUGACCCCAAAUAUAAAGAUGAAUAUUUUGUGGUGGAGCACAUUGAUGGAGACAUGUUUUGUCAUGUCAACGAGUGGAACAGGCAUCAUCUAGACCAGGAGUAA